AUGAACUUGAAAUCCAGCUUUCUCACCUUCAUCUCUCUCUUGCUUAUGGAGGGGGUAUCUGCCAAGUGGUGUGGAUGUUACGUCAAAGAUGGAGAUCACGGUUGGCUUUUCAUUGGAAGGAAGGAUUGGUGGAAUGAAGCGCUUUCGACGGAGUGCUGCAAAUCAGUAACUGGGCAUGGUCUCAUGGAUGGCGGCUGGUCGGGCCUUUCCAUAACGGGAAAAGAUUGGUGUGAUGUUGGCGAGACGAGCUCGUACUUGGAUUGCUGUCGAAGUAAAUAUCAACCAGGUGACAUCCUCCAACUUUUUAUAAUCGUCCCCAUGUCUCUCCCUGAACCCACCCCAAAACCUCUCCUCAAAUUUCCCCCGUUCCCACCCGUCCCAGAAGGAACCACCAUCCUCCCUUUUGCCUCGUACAAGGAAACAGGCAUCCAGAUCGCCCCCAGCCACUCCGGGGAGGAAGUCGACGGGCUUCGGAUUCCCACUGUAGAACUGCGCGUGCCGCAUGAUACGGAUGAGUGUAAGACGGGUGCGACGAAGAGGAGUGGCAGCAUCAAGAACCUGAAGAAGGUUGAGGAGGAAGUAGUGCCAGUGGCUGAUCCUAAUCCUAAUCCUAAACGCACGUAUUACCACUACGAGCGCAGGGAUUGGUGGGAGGAGUGGGCCGAGGCCGAAGAGUCGCGCGGUUCAUCCAAUGCCUACAAUCCGUAUGUCCUUUUUUCCGAAAUUCAUGUUGCACUCAUACAAUCAAAUGGCCUUGCAAGGAACGUAUCGCGAAUGGACAGGAUCCACCAAGCCGCCACUGAUUUUCGAAUGAACCGCCGUUGGCCGCAUGUCAAGUCCCAGGUUCCCUAUCUAUGGGACCAAAUCCGGCUGUACGUCGGCCUCCUAGGCGUAACCCCCGUCUGGCACAGAACCGACUUGGCAUCCUCUCCCACUGCUGCUGCUCAGACACCACAAGAAAACACCUCUGAGUCUGAUGACGACUACUCUGACACCGAUACCAGGAACGUAUACCAGGCUCAACAAGACGAACCACAACGUAGGCCGUUCAAGAGAUUUCAUGUUCGGCCUCCGUAUGCCCUUUACGGUGCUACCCCCGUUCAAGUGGACAGCGACGCCGCGGUGCAACGGUUACUUGAGGACGAGAAAGGGCGGAAGGAAGAACGACUCCUUUCGUUUCUUAACAAUCCAGAGAAUUCGGUCAAGGUGUUUUUGAGCUCUUACAUGCGCUCUCAGGGGUUAAUCUGGUCUGCGCCUGCGCUGAACACUCUCCCAAGGUUAUUCGUCUUCUUCUUGACCUUCCUUUUGCGAAAUCGCGUCCUCCCCGAACCCACACACGAACGCGCACUGAAUAAAGCCCUAACAGUCGCCAAGCUCGCUUCGGAGGAACUCCCAAAGACAGGACGCGUAUGUAAAGUCCUGCCUGACAAGCUCGGUUUGAGCUGUGUUGAAAAAUUUGGCGCGAGGAGGUGGGCUUUGGACGAGAAGAAGAUUGAGAAAGAUGAUGAUGUGGAGAACACGGACUUGGUGGAACAGUUCGAGGCGGAAUUGAAGGCGGCGAAUGUGGAAGUGCUCAAGGUGGACGAUAUCGUCCCAUCGGUGCCCUCUCUCGCUGUUUUUCCAACCCCUCUUCCUCAACCUGCUAAACCCACCACCACGCAUGAAACACCCAACUGGGCCGCUUUAGCUGCAGCUGACCGAAACCCCACUCCCAGCAGCACAACAACCCACACCGCCUCAACACCCAACUGGGCUGACGCUCCCGACGACGACGACGAUGCGCACGUCAACAACAACCCGUUCCAGGGUUCCGCCAAGCUGGAACAGUGGGCUAUCCCCGCCGUUCAAAUUGACCCGGAAAUAAUGAGGUAUAGGUGUGGUGUUGCGGAGAGGAGCGUGAGGAGGGUUAAGGAGAUGAAACCCGUGCCAGGUGCCAAGCCCAACUCCAAUUUGACUGAGGGGCCAAGAAGCGCGAACCAUGGAGGGGAAUUAACGACGCGUUAUGCGAAAGUCGUGCUGGCGCCUUGGAAUAAAGGCGAAUGGGACGACGGUGGGCAGGCGCCUGCGUUUAGGAAAGCUAGCGUUAUCCCCCCUCCUCCUUCUCCGUCUAAUGAUGAAGAACAACAACAUAAGACUGAGGAAGGGGACAUCACGCUCCUUGUGGAAACGCAUGUUUUGAGAUCAUUGAGUGUGGGUAUGGGGUUGGCUGGGACGUGGGUUCAGCUUGUACCUUUAAGCGGCGGCAAGGGGAUGAGUAGGAAGGGCAAGGGAGGAGGAGGAGAGAGGUUUUGGUACGUUGAGGAGCUGGCGAUGGGUGUGCCGUCUUUUUGGACCGUUGCGCAGGAGGAGGGGGAGGGUGUAGAGGGGAUUCUACGUAGACGGUGUAUUCCUUCAAAAGAGAAGAAGAGAUUUGCAAACAGAGUACCUAUACUCAAGGACGAUUGGACUUGGAAGCUUGGACGUUCAACGUUCAUGACUUUUUGA